AUGAAACUUCUUGUAUUUCUAGCGGCCGUGAUCGCUGCUUCUGCGUCAAUGCCGGAGGAACCUGAUAAAUGGCAGCGGUACAAAUCAGAGAUGAGUCAACUGGAUUAUGUCAGUCCGAGAAAAGACUGCAAUGAGCCAUAUGUUCAUGGGAUGCGCUUCGAUUGUUCCAUAACAUCCUCAAAUGAUGUCCCGUCUUCGGUCCAUAAGUUGAGACCAGGAGAUGUGGCGGUUAUAGGUGCAUUCGGUGAUUCCAUAACUGCAGGCAACGGGGCACUAGCGUGCACUCUCUUAGAAGUAUUUAUUGAGUACAGAGGAACAUCUUGGAGUAUCGGUGGUGAUGGGACUUUUGAUACAGCUCUCACAUUACCAAAUAUUCUAAGAUUAUACAACCCCGAUCUGAUUGGUUACUCUCUUGGUGUGGGGAAUGUCAGCAGUAACACGUCUUAUCUCAACUGUGCUGUACCCAAAUCAAGAUCCAGUGCCAUGCCUGGGCAGGCAGAGGACCUAGUCAAGCGAAUCUACGCGGAUCCAACCAUUGACGUAGCCAAUGAUUGGAAAGUCAUCACACUGUUCAUUGGGGGGAAUGAUGUGUGUGAGUUCUGCAAGGACCGCCCGAAUUAUACCAAGGAGAAGUACAUUGAGAGAAUUACAAAGGCAUUGGAUCAUCUUCACGACAAGUUGCCACGUACCUUAGUCAACGUUGUGGGACUCAUCAACGUCACCCAGCUAACGAAACAAUCAGAGUUUAUUUGUGGACUCGCGCACGCCAUCAUCUGCAGUUGCAUCAAAAAUUUGGAUUAUAACGAAACUUUGGAAGUUGAGCAACUAACCCGCGACUACCAGGAAGUACUUCGAGAUCUAGCAAACAGUGGGAGAUAUGAUACGACUGAUGACUUUACAGUGGUGUACCAACCCUUUAUGGAAAACACACAGUUUCCAGCUGAUGAGAAUGGUGAUUUUGAUAAAUCAUUCAUGUCACCCGAUUGCUUCCAUCUGAGUGCCAAGGGACACGCAUUUGCAGCUAAGGAACUCUGGAAUAACAUGCUCCAGCCAGUUGGACAUAAAUCCAUGGAAUGGGAUCCAUUUUCAAAAUCCCUUUCCUGCCCAACAGAGAAUAUGCCAUACUUUGCCACCAACAAGAAUAGCAUGAUUGACGAAACCAGCACGGAAAACCCCAACCGGAGAACUACACCGGCAAGCAACGGAAAAGCAGCUCUCAGCCCGCACAAUGCUAUUAUUUCACUGGUGGCGUUUCUCAUUAUUUCAAUGUUCUUACAUUAG